GCUCACCUCGGCAUCGUCGUUGUCCUUCCUCUUCUUCUCUCUCCCGUUUUGAUUGUGACGAAAGCGGACAACUUUGACCGUUGCGGACUUCUGUGUGUGCUGCUGUGCUGCGAUGGUGGUGGAGAAGGGGAGCGUGCGUGGGCUAGGUCAUGCUGGGGAUGGUGGUGGCAUGUACCUGGCUGGGCAGCUGCACGUGCUGGGGGGAACAGGCCCCGCGCGCUUCGUCUUCCAGGAUGCCACAGGUGAGGUCGUCGCUGAGGUGUGCAGCGAUGCACUGGCACACUCACCACUUCCCCUCGCAAGCACCUCUUCGCGCGUGCUCGUGCGCGCCUUUCGCAUCGCGCGCAUCAUCAGGCCACCAGGAGGCAAAGUGCAGGGUACGAGCCAGAGUGGCCUCUUCAGCGAAUGUCACCGGCUUGGGUUCCGCGUGCGACACGACUUGUACCUGGAGAUCUCCACUCUCGUCGUGCUUCGCCCUCUUCCCACCCGAUCAGAACUGCGAAACAGCAGCGACAGCAGCAACGCUACAAGCAGCAAUGCUGCAGGCGCCACAAGCGCCACCGGCACAACAGACAUUGGUGCUGCGGUCGUGCGCGCGGACGAGGGUGCUGUGGAUGUGGAGGGAUGCAUUGUUGCGAUAUCGGGGGAGAUACGGCUGUCCCACAGCCGCCCGCCACCCCAGUUUCUCAUCGAGCUGCAACCAUCAGCGCUGCCGCUCAGGACGCCUCGUAGUGCACAGAUCGUCUCGCCUCGUGGCACCGUCUUCGUGAGCAUUCGCAAGCACACCGCCCUCAAGCACGUCCUCUCCAUUGGUCAGCACGUGGCCAUCUCCGCUGCCGUCCCAAAGUUUUACAAAUCCCACGAUAGAGGCCGCAAGUUGGCGCUGCUGGCGGUGUUGAGCGCCAAUCACGUGGCCAUCGGCAGCGGUCGACCGCAGCGGGUCGCGCGGGCGCCGUGUGACCAGGGACUCGUCUCGUACCGCGGCACCAUCACAGACGCGGCGAGGGCGGUGUGCGGCGUGUUCACCCUGGACGACAAGCUCUUGUUGUACUUGACCAGACCGGCGCACGACCGGCUGGUCUUUGGUUUACGAGAGGGAACUGUGAUCACAAUCACACACGCACACCCGCUGCUCCAGCCACCAUGCACCCGCCACUCCCUGGAUGAUGAUGACAAAGAUCGUGAUGAUGAAGGCCGUAAACGUGGCAACAGGGGCGUCGCAAGUCAUUCGCCCGUGCUGGUUGGCAUCGCCUGCUGUUUGCGAACACACGUCUCCAUCACAUCGUUUGCCGGCGCACACAAGGAUCGAGACAGCAGCGCCAACAGCAGCAGCGUGGCGUGGCAGCCACCGUCACCAAUCAUCCACGCCAGCUACGCAGAGUACUUCAACUCGAUGCCGUUUCAAUACUACCACGCGUUUCUUGACUUUGAGCAGCACACGCUCAACACGUUGACGGGUGCCCGUGCAAGUGCGCGUGUGCGCCGGGCGCUGCUGUCGAUCUUCAAGCAAAACGCAUCGCCACCACUCCCGCCCGCCCUCAGUCGAAACUUUUACCGCGAAUUCUGCACACACACGCACGGGUGCACUCUGAGCCGCCCGCUGGACUCGACCACGCCCGAUUUUGCGCGCGUGUGGACAUGUGUACACGACGUGAAGCGAAAGACGGCGGAGUUGUGGGCGCCGUUCUCUCCAGAAACGAUCACCAUCGAUCGCCUCACAGACACGCGCGUGCACAGCCUCACAUUCACGCAGUGCGACCUUGGACUUGCUGUCAAGUGCUUGCUUGGCACCGUCAUUCUCUCCACCCCCACCUCAACUACCACCACCUCCAACCCUUCGUCUUCAUCAUCAUCAUCGUCAUCAUCGUCAUCAUCGUCAUCACCACUGAGCCACCGAUGGAAGCUCUCAUCUGGCGGUUCCGACAUUUCGCUACUGCUCCCACCGCCACACGCUGCGGCACUGACACCCGGUGAUGUUGUGGCCAUCCCGGCCUUCAGGGUUGCUGUGGACACGAUGAUGUGCGACCUCUCACACCGCCUCGAAGGAGCAAAGUUUCGGCUGUUGCACUUGGAGCCGCUAACACUGUUCAAGUUCCCUGGCAUUCAACCAGCAGCCAUGCCGCGGGAUGUGUGCGCUGGUGACCACCCGAGCAAGGCUGCAAAAGUUUGCAAGGCCGAAAACACACCGUCUGCCUCUUCAUCAGCACAUGUGAAUGGAACCUCACCACCACCGCGGCCGCUGUGCCUCGAGUCUGGCGUGUACGUCCUGCUGCUGCAUCGCCGAAACACACGCACGCAAUCGGGGUUUGAGGUGGACGCAGCCGUACUCUCGCCAACGAACCAAACAGCAGCGCCGCCACCACCACCACCACCACCAUCAUCAUCAUCAUCAUCAUCAUCAUCAUCAUCAUCAUCAUCUCCAUCAUCCCCGCCGGUGCCUUGGACUGUGGAUGGCAUUGUGACCAUCCCGUUUCCACCAUCGAGCGACUACCCGUUGCCAGAACUGUUGCAGGUCUACGGCGUGGACGCUCUUGCUGCGUCAACGGGUCACCAGCACUUGUCGUCGCCAUCUUCCCCACCGUUCCAAUCGCCGUCAUCGUCGUCGUCAUUGUCGUCGACACUGAUGACCCGCCCGUCGGUUGGCAGCGGGGUUGCCAUCACCUCUCGCGUCACGAUGCAAUCACAAGUGGUGGCACGGCUCCUGCAGCACGCGUCCCUGCGCUCGUACUGUCCACAGCACGUGCGCGCGUGCCUGCAUGCAACGAAACGUACUGGUGGCGCCGUUGUGUCUGUUGUGGGCGUUGUCUCGGAGCGCAGGUUUUCGUAUUCGCAGGGCCAGGACAAGGAGAUGGACGUGGUGCGCGUGUGUUUGCGCGAUGUGCGCGUGCCGGACGAUCGUGUGGAUGUGUACUGGCGAUUAUCUGUUGCACAAGAACAGCUCCUCGGUGUUCGCAAUGGCAGGCGUGUCCUCAUGUCUCGUCUCAUCCAGAAGGUGUCGACGACAGGCAACCUGUACCUGGAGGCCACGGGGGCGAGCCAGGUUGAGGUGCUUGGAUGCUGUGCCGUGUGGUCCCAACAAGAUAAGGAUGGGGCUGCAAUCACGUCAUCGUGUGGAGGCGGAAGACGAGCUGGGAGUCAACAUGCGCGUACUUGCACUGGUGCUCAUGACAAGGACAGAAACAAUACCAUUGACGAUGCGUAUGUUGAUAGUGGUGAUGGUGAUGAUGAUGGUGAUGGUGGUGAUGAUGAUGAUGAUGAUGAUGAUGAUGGUUGUGGACGUGGUGAUUCCCGAGGGAAGAAGCAGCCCGGACUCAAGUUCCCACCGUCGUGGCGUGCGCUAUGCAUGUGCCAUCAAGAUGGGGGCGUCACAGCAGCAUGCGAGUCGGCCACACACGUGGCGCUUGAUGUGGCAGACGCUCUUGCUGGUCCGGGCUCAUGUGUGCAUGCAUGGCAGCGCCAGAACUUGCACGAGGUGCUGGUGUCUGCAUCCACCCGCGACCUUGUUGCGUUGCAGAGUAUCCAAUGCACAUGCAAGCUCCUGCAGAUCAACAAGAUUGUGGCGCGAGCCAAGUGCCCGCUGUGCGGCGGUGUGCUGGCCGCCAACGGCACAGGUGCUUGUGAGUGCGCUGCGAUGGGCGCGCACAUGACACACCCGCCACGGUCGUCCUCAGCAUCGUCAGCAACACCAUCGACGCGCCCUCGCCUGGCCGUGUAUGUGUAUGCGGAGUGCGACGAUGCCACUGGGCGCGUGUAUGUGGCGGCAUACGACGACACUGCCCUUGCCCUGAUCCGCUGCUCUGCGAUGGACCGCGACAACCUGCUCUCCGUCUGCAUUCGUGAUGGACAGCAGGAGUACUCGCGCAAGGACGGCGCAUACACCAACCCAUUGUUGGUUGACUUGUGCGAGGCGCGAGGCGUCGUUCGCACAGUCAACCUGGCGCUCCGCUUCGAUUCUAUCGUGCCUCCCACUGGUGUCGGGCGUCACAACCAACGACAGCAGCAACGACAACACGAGCAACAGGCCGCCACCCCAAGCACAACCGUCUCGCGUUUACGUCUCGAUUGCACAGGGGUGCAGGAAGUGGACCUGCGCCAGCGGCUCCACUCGUUGCUCUGAGGGUUCGAUGUGGGAUGUGUGGUGAACGACCGGUGUGUGUGUUUUGAUGCGCGAUGUGUGUGUUUUGAUGUGCGAUGUGUGUGUUUUGAUGCACGAUGUGUGUUUGAUGCGCUCAUUGAACCGUCAAAACAACAAGGUCUUAACACAAGACGCGACAACGCCAACGCGAACCGUGGCGAGGCCUGAGGCACACAAGAACACAAACGAGAGGGAACAAGGUAACAUCAAACCUCGCUGGCGACAAC